AACUCAGAACGGGACACAAUUGUCAUUUUCCCAUCUUAAAUUUUAAGGUUCACAACUCUCUCUCUCUCCCCUCUCUCCCUCUCACUCCUAACUGAAAACGACUGCAAGCAACCUGUGGUCUACCUGUAUAGAUAUUUCCUUUCUCGCCCUCUUCUUCUGUAAUUUAUCAUUUAGUUUCUUUCUGUGGGAUUCACACACCGACUCAAAAACCACAGCUCUUGCCUCUCUUUUGUUUAUUGUAGUUGUCUCUCUCUUUGUUUUCCUUUCUUGGGUUCUCUUUUAUAUUUCCAGUCUUAUCAAAGCUUGAUCAAAUGGUGGAUCUUCAAACUGUAUGUUGCAUGUGCGGCGAUGUUGGUUUUCCUGACAAACUCUUCCGUUGCAACAAAUGCCGCAACCGCUUUCAACACUCGUAUUGUAGCAACUACUACAGCGAAUUUUCGGAGCCAAUUGAACUGUGUGAUUGGUGUCAAAGUGAAGAGAGAAAUGCAAGACAUGGAAACUCUUCGAAGAAAUCAGGAGCUGGACAUGAUGGUGGAAUAGUAGUCACAAAACGAUCAGAGUAUACAGGUGAUCACAAAAUCAAACAACAUGAUCGUGAAGAGAAUAGCACAACCAGUAGUGAUCAAAAGGGAAAGAACCCAAGUGGGAUUCCUUCUCCAAGGCCUUCUACACGCAGGUAUAAGCUUCUCAAGGAUGUCAUGUGUUAGAAGAAAAGAGUGUCGAAAGUACAGUUCCACUUUAGUUUUGUGUUGAUAGAUUGGAAGAAAGCUAAUCAAUUGUAAGUUGGUUAUCUUUUAAGUGUUCUUUUUAAAUUUGUGCCAUGUUUUCAGUAAGUUGUUAAUAAAAUAAUGUAAAACUUUCUGGAAUGAUCGGUGGCACAAAUUCUUAAGCUCUUCUUCUUCUUCUUCUUCUUCUUCUUUAAUCUGUACAAUUCCUUUGGUGCUCGUGAUCUGUAUUUGUUUAAUUUGCGACA